AGGAUGGCAUUCCCUGUGGAUUUACUGAAUAAUUGCAGUCAUGAGGAAUUGGAAAAUGCUGCUGAAGAUUACAUGUCAGAUUUAAGGUGUGGGGACCCUGAAAAUCCAGAGUAUUUUUCUUUUCUCAAUAUUACGAUACCUAUUAGCCUGUCAAACGUAGGCUUUGUACCUCUUUAUGGUGGAAAUCAGACCCAGAAAAUUCUUGCUCUUUUUGCACCUGAAGAUUCACUCACAGCUGUGGCACUUUACCUUGCUGAUCAGUGGUGGGCUAUUGAUGAUAUUGUGAAAACAUCUCUCCCUUCUAGAGAGGGUCUUAAGCAGGUGAGCACUCUUGGGGAGAGAGUGGUUCUAUAUGUUCUGAAUCGAAUUAUUUAUAGAAAACAGGAAAUGGAGAGAAAUGAGAUCCCAUUCCUGUGUCAUAGCAGUACUGAUUAUGCUAAGAUUCUGUGGAAGAAAGGAGAGGCCAUUGGGUUUUAUUCAGUUAAGCCUACAGGAAGCAUAUGUGCCUCAUUUCUUACCCAAAGUUACCAACUGCCAGUUCUUGAUACAAUGUUCAUAAGAAAGAAAUUCAGAGGCAAAGAUUUUGGGCUUCAUAUGCUGGAGGACUUCGUAGAUUCCUUCACAGAAGAUGCACUUGGUUUGCGGUAUCCACUGUCUUCUCUCAUGUAUACAGCUUGCAAGCAAUACUUUGAAAAAUAUCCAGGAGACCACGAACUUAUUUGGGAAGUAGAGGGUGUUGGACACUGGUACCAGCGAAUACCAGUCACCAGAGCAUUACAGAGAGAAACACUUAAAAUUACAGUGGGUUCUCAGAAUGAAGCCAAAAGAUUUGUGUCUGGAGAAUAUGGUCUUGCAACUGUUCCAGAGUAUGAAGUGGGAACUGAGGAAAAUCAAUCCAGUGAGAUGCAGCUAACUAUUGAUUCUCUAAAGGAGACCUUUGCAAGCACGUCUGAAGGUCAUGAAAAAACACCUGUUUCUACUCGUACUCGAAGCAGUCAUCUAAAGCGGCCAAAGAUUGGAAAGCGGUUUCAGGAUUCUGACUUUAGUGGUUCUCAAGGGGAAGAUGAAAAAACUGCCCAGACCUCACUGACAGCUUCAGUAAAUAAAUUAGAGUCUACUACACGCCCCUCCGAGAGCUCAGAAGAAUUCCUGGAAGAAGAACCUGAGCAGAGAGUGAGUGAAUUUGAGGAUGAAAGUCGUGAUAAAGAUACACGUCCUGCACCUGAAACCCAGCUACGAAUAGAAAAGCAAGAUGGUGAAAAGGACUCUGAAUUAGAGCCUAUGAAUGGUGAGAUAAUGGAUGAUACUCUUAAGACUUCACUUACAACGGAAGAAGAGGACUCCAUUAGUGAAGGUUUAGAAGAAGAAUUAAAAGCACAGUCUUGUAAUUCCAGUGAAGACACUGUAAAUCUCGUUCCACUGGUGGUAGAAUCCUCAAAACCUCACGAGGCUGUUGCACCAGAUAAGACUCCACAUAUAACUGAUACAGAAAUGUUGAUAGACCAAGGCCCAUCUGAUGACAAAGGGCACACCGAAGAGAAACUGUCUCCAGUUUCAAGAAAGAAAGCACAUUUUGGAAGUUCAGACAAGGUUGACAGUAUCUCAAAUGAAGACCGAUCUGACAGUGGUUUUCCAAACUCCGUGAUAGCUGAAUUUUCUGAAGAACCGGUAUCUGAGAAUUUAUCACCCAACACUACUUCCUCACUUGAAGACCAGGGUGAGGAGGGGGUGCCUGAGCCCCAGGACACAUCUACUGCUCUUUCUCAGAGUUCUUUGAUAGAGGUUGAACUUGAGGAUGUGCAAUUUUCACAGAAUGCAGGACAGAAGAACCAGUCAGAGGAGCAGUCUGAAGCAUCUUCUGAGCAACUGGAUCAGUUUACACAAUCAGCAGAAAAAGCUGUGGAUAGCAGCUCAGAGGAGAUAGAAGUGGAAGUGCCUGUAGUAGAUAGGCGGAAUUUAAGAAGAAAGGCCAAAGGGCAUAAAGGACCUGGUAAGAAGAAAGCCAAGCUGACCUGAAUGAAGAAGAAAUGUGUAUGAUAAAUCCUCUUUGUAACAUAAUUGUUGUUUUUAAAACAGUGAUUAAUAAACAGCAUGGGGCACAGGACAAAAAUUUCUAAAAUUUCAAUUUGAACUGGAAUUUAUGAUGCAGUUUUUCUCUCCCUUUAGGACCUGUGGUUCAACAUUCUUUUUAAUUUUUUCAGACUAUUUUGUGUAAAUAGAAUUUUUUAUUUUUAUUAACCAUAUUUCAAUUUUGGGAAACCAGAUCAUACUAUAUUUUUCUUUAGCAGGUGGGAUACUUGACCAUUGAUAUUUCAAAAAAAUAUAAAUUUAAAAAG